GGCGCGGAGAAGCCGGCUGCACGACCGACCGCCUUCAAGCCGGUGCUGCCCCGGAACUCCAUGUCCAGCCUCCCCACCCACAGCACCAGCAGCAGCUACCAGCUCGACCCCCUCGUCACGCCCAUGGGACCCAUCAGCCGUUUCGGGGGCUCAGCCCACAACAUCUUGCAGUGCGCCAUCAUCCAGGACAGCAACAUGAUGAGCCUCAAGGCCAUGUCCUUCUCCGAUGGGGGCAACAAGAUCCUCAACCCUGGCAAAGCCUCCCACCACCACGCCGCCGAGAAGACCACUUGCAUCCGUUCGCCCAUCUCCACGGACGAGUCCACCAUCCAGGAGCUGGAGCAGAAGCUGCUAGAGAGGGAGGGAGAGUUGCAGGAGCUUCAGUCGAGCUUCGAGGAGAAGGAAGUCAGCUCCUGCCAGGCUUACGAAGAGAAGCAGCGACGCUGCAAGGAAGAACUGGAGGGCCUCAAGCAGAAAUGCAACAGCAAGCUCAAGCAAACCUCACAGAAAACGCAGCGGACGCAGCAGGUCCUUCACCUCCAGGUGUUUCAGCUGCAGCAGGAGAAGAAGCAGCUCCGGGAGGAACUGGAGAACCUCAUGAAAGAGCAAAACCUACUGGAGACCAAGCUGAGGUCCUAUGAGAAGGAGAAGACCAGCUUCGCCCCAGCGCUGGAGGAGACCCAGUGGGAGGUGUGCCAGAAGUCAGGGGAGAUCUCCCUCCUGAAGCAGCAGCUGAAGGAGUCCCAGACAGAGCUCAACACCAAGACCACCGAGAUCCUCAGCCUGAAGGCUCAGCUGAAGGAGGUGAGGUUGAAGAUGGAAGGGCUGGAGAUGAAGACCCAGGACCUGGAGGGCUCCCUGCGCACCAAAGCUAUGGAGCUGGAGGUGUGCGAGAAUGAGCUCCAGCGCAAGAAGAAUGAGUCCGAGCUGCUGAGGGAGAAGGUGAAUCUGCUGGAGCAGGAGAUCGUGGACCUGCGGACAGAGCUCGCCAUCCUCAAGGAGCAGCUGAACGAAGCCCGGGAGGUGGCCAGGCCCUGCGCCGUGGUGGAUGAUGCUCAAGCCCUGCAGGGAGAGGUGGAGAGGCUGAGGGCAGAGCUGAAGGCUGAGCGGGACAACAACGAGCAGAUGACCUCCGGCUUCCAGCACGAGCGGCAGACGUGGAGGGAGGAGAAAGAGAAGGUGAUUCAUUACCAGAAGCAGCUGCAGCAGAGCUACCUGCACAUGUACAAGAGGAACCAGAACCUGGAGAAGAUGCUCCAGCAGCUCGCCGCGGGGGAAGAUGGCAAGGAGCCCAUCGAGCUGGACAUACCCGGCGCUGACGUCCCCUACGAGGACAUCAUCGCCACCGAGAUCUGA